GCGCAAGAAAGCUUCAGGGCCAGGCAAAUGAGGGCACCAAUUGAGAGUCCUGAAGUAUCGCAGAAUUAAUCCGAUAAGGGAAAAGAAGCACCCCACAUCGCAUCAUCCCCAAGGCGUGCUAUCCCGGCACGCCCGGCUUGAUAAGACACCACCUCGGAAUGUGUUGUCCAGAUCCCCGCACAAACCAAGUUCAAGUCAAACUUUUCUUUGCAUAAACCUGACUUUCCCUUCCUUUGAAUACAUUCUUAUCAUCCGUUCCACAUCAAUAACGAAAAUGACAAUCAACAAGACCCUGCGGGGUCACAAACUUUUGAUGGUCAUGCCCUGGGAACAGCCGGCCGAGUUCAUUGAGAAUCUCAAAGCUGAGUUUCCGGGCUUGCAAGUGGUCACCUAUCGACAAACAGAAUGGGACCAGACUUGGGCCCCGUUCCCUGACGAGGAAUGGAAAGAUGUCACCGUCCUCUUGACUUUUACGGUGUUGCCGACGCCGGAACAAGCCCCAAAGCUGGAAUACAUCCAACUCAUGAGUGCUGGCGCCAAUCAUGUGUUGGAUCUGCCAAUCUUCAAGGACACCGAAGCCAAGUUUUGUACAGCCAAUGGCGUUCACGGCCCCCAGAUAUCGGAAUGGAUCAUUGGCACAUAUCUAGCCUUUCAACAUCGAUUUCCCCAAUAUCAUGAAAAGCAGAAAGACGGCCGAUGGGAUCGAUCUGACUUGAACCUUAUUGAUGAUGCCGUCCAGAAAACAAUCGGAAUUCUGGGCUAUGGCUCAAUAGGCCGUCAAACAGCCCGUCUAGCCACUGCCAUGGGCAUGAACGUCCAUGCUUACACCCUCCAUCCUCGCACUACACCCGCCUCGAAAAAAGACCAUUCUUGGACGCCCCCAGGGCUUGGAGACCCCGGUGGGAUCUACCCUUCCAAAUGGUUCUCGGGCUCUUCGCGCGCAGACUUGCAUGCUUUCCUGACCUCUGGGCUCGACCUGCUGGUUAUCGCCACCCCCCUGACGCCCAACACUCAACACCUACUCGCAGCGGCCGAGUUUGAGUUGCUGGCGGCGGACGGCAGGAAGGGAAGGACAUUCGUUUCCAACAUUGCCCGCGGACCUGUGGUCAACACACCAGAUAUCAUUCACGCGCUGAAGGAAGGGUUGAUCAAAGGUGCAGCUCUGGAUGUGACUGACCCUGAACCUCUUCCAAAUGGACACGAGCUCUGGAGUAUGGAAAACGUCAUCAUCACUCCCCAUGUAUCUGGCGCAUCGACACAUUACAAUGAAAGAGUCCUGUCCAUCUUGGAAUACAACCUCAAGAGAUUGAGCGAGGACACGGAACCGGUCAACAAAGUCAAUAAGAGAGAGGGCUAUUAGAAGACACGUUGAAAGGACAAACAAAUACCUCGUACUGUUGGAUAGGGUGAAUUGACUAAUGCGGCGGAUGCCUAAAAACAGGAACUUAUCUCCCAAUCGAAGAGUAUGCAUUCAAUGGCGUGUAUCAACCUCUUCCGGCCAAGCUCUAAAGAGUAACGAGAAACCGACUGUGGAUGCUACAUCAGUACCCACAUUCCAUACAGAAUUAAAUAUUAAAUCUACCGAACCUUAACUAGCCAUCAGAGCAGAGAAGUCGGCCUUCUGAUUCCCAGAUCAUCACCAUCGUCCUCGUGGUCUGUAAUGUCGAGAUCAAUAUCGCCAAAGUCUGGAAUCUCCAAGAUGUCUGGUGUUGCCAGCUCGUGUCGGUUGCCGAUUGUUUCUGGCAUCCGGGAGGGCAUUUCGUGCACAGCUGUGGAACUAUCGGCUUCGUGGAUUGACGUGAACGGGUGUGUGGGCGGUUUCGUCAGCCCCUUCUCUCGAGAGAUCAGAGUUGAUGUAUUGUGUACCGCGGUGCCAGGAGUCGGAAGAGGAGGAGGGGCAGGAAAUGAUUCGGACGAAAAGAGCGGCGGAAUUGCUGAUUUUUCCGUGGUCAUCAACCGUUUCUCUUCACGGCGUUUCCAUGCUCGAUGACCCAACCAUGCGAGGACGAGGAGAACAGCCAGCCCGGCAAGGACGCCGCCAAUAAUUGCGAUAAUGACACCGGUGGAUGGCCGCCCCCCUCCGACAACUGUUGCGUCAGAACUGUCCGAGCUGUCCGAUCCUCGAGGCAACGAUGUUGGGUUCGGAAGGGGCGACCCAUACUCAUCGGUCGGAGUUGCUGUGUUGGAGGGAUCGGUCGGGUUUGCCCCACCUGUCGAGCCUGCUACUGCCUGGAAGAACUUCUUGCUUGAAGCUUGUGACGGCGACGUCCCUGAUCCGCCGAGAGAUUCCAGCCCAUUAUGACGCCCACCUCCUUCGUCAUCGCCAUUCCCCCCAUUGUCCCCGCUUCCUUUGUCAUGACUUGUUUCGCUUCCAGUGCCUCCCUUGCCGCCAGUAUUGCCCUCGUCGCCAUGCUCCCUACUGCUUCCACCGCCGCUUUGACUUGUCCCGCUUCUACUAUCACCACCGCGCCCGCUUCCACUACCGCUACCGCUAUCGCUCCCGCUUCCACCACUGCUCCCACUCCCACUCCCACUCCCACUGCCGCCGCCGUUGCUACCGCCGCCUCCGGUGCUGGUUCUGCUUCCACUCCCGCUUCCUGUCCCCCCCCCCGAGCCGUUACCACCCCCCGUCGAGGUGCCUGUGCUCGGAGGUGGGUUCCGCCGAACACAUCUCCUCUUGAUGCGUGGUUCUUCAUGAAACCCCCACAACCCCUUCCGCGCGAUGGAUAUCGUGUUACCCAUCUCUGUGUCUCUUUUCCAACCAGAAGUGUUAUGCAGCAAAAUAAAAGAAAGGCAGCGAAUGCUAAACUGCGCAAAAUUGAAAGAGUGUAAUCAGUGCUUCACACUGGGAGCCUUCAAGAAAUUAUGGCUUUGUGUGGGUGGCCGUCCCAUGUAGAAUGGUGGUCGUUGAUAGUCGCACCAAAGACGAUGGCGAGGUGUAACCGAGCACAAAAGAGAAAGGAAAGAGGGAAACGCCACGAGGAGGCAAGACGGGAGAAAAAGAGAAGGCGGAGGAGGUCGGGGAAUGUUCUCCUGGUACGGCGCAGCAGACCACCCAUGCCACCACCAACAACUUUGCCUGGUUUUUGGUGUCGACUGUCGAUAUUGAAGCCCUAAGCCCAUUCACUUCCAGGAACCCUACUCACCUGUGCCUCGAGGAUCUGGACAGGAUGCCUGUGGCAUUACACCGCAGUGCGUCUGACAAUCUCGUGACUCAAAGGUGCACGGAUCGUAGAUGAUGGGCGGGUGUUGGCUCCGGCGAGAACGAGAUUAUGAUUGAGGCACAGGAUGCAGGUUAGGUGCAGGUAGAUGGGUUGAUCAUGGUGCCAACAGCAAGUCACCGUCACCUGGGGCCAGGGUUUGAGGAGUUGGCAUGAUCCCGCAUGCGGGUGCUCAUCUUGUUUGUUGGUGCAGUUGAUGGGGAACGCCGCGAACGGAGGCAUGGCAUAUAACUUUGAGUUUUGAAUUGCAGAUGCACGACACCUAUUUACUGUCAUUCCUCAUCUGUUGAAAUAAUACGCU